AGGAGUACCAGAACAGCAGAAUUCCAACGGUAUUCCAGGAUUCUGUGUCUUGGUUAAUUUUAAAUUCAUGUGACCUGGCAAACUUAGGAGAGUCCUGGUUGUAAGUGGUAUUAACAUUUUCAGCAGUAGUACUCUAGCUACACUUGACUGUUGCCCUCUCUGUGAAUUUACAUGGUAUGUUUGAAAUACUGCCCCUCAAAAGUCUCAGAACUUUGAGAAAUGCGGUCGCUUCCAAAAAAACCCCUUAUGUCCAAUUUGAAGGGGGCGCUCGCUGUCAGUGGGUAUUUAAGCGGGUACUUAAAGAAAAGCGGAAUCCAUUCCGGAGCCAAGAAUAGAUCAGGGUGAGGAAGGCCAAGGCUGAGCGAGGUCAGCUUGGGACCCACCUCCUAGAAUGGCCUCCGACGGCAGGGAAAAAACCGUUAAGGGGAGGAAAGGGCAGGUCCCUGCGGCCUCCAGGUGCCAGCCGCGUGAGUGGGCGGAGAGGCCUCGGUGCCUCCUACCCGCUCGAGACGUGCUUCCCGGCAUCAGCCCAGGAUCCGCUCCUCCCCGCUGGCGGGGGGAGAAAGGGCAGGAGGCCUUCCGCCCCGGCUAUAAAGGGCCCCGGACCGCCGCGGCUCGCCUCGGCUCGCCUCGACACGCCUAGGCGCCCUCCGGCUCCGCCCUAGCCGCCGCGUCCCAGCUCGAGCUCCAGCGCCCGCUCAAGCCCCACUCGACCCUCUCGGGCCUCGGCUACUUGGACUGAGGCGGAAGAUGGCGGCUCCGGUGACUCCCGCGGCUCGGGCCGAGGAUUCCGAGGCGGCGCUCAAUGCCGCCCUGGCUGACGUGCCCGAACUGGCCAAACUCCUGGAGAUCGACCCGUACUUGAAGCCCUACACCGUGGACUUCCAGCGCAGGUAUAAGCAGUUUAGCCAAAUUUUGAAGAACAUUGGAGAAAACGAAGGUGGUAUUGAUAAGUUUUCCAGAGGCUAUGAAUCAUUUGGCGUCCACAGAUGUGCUGAUGGUGGUUUAUACUGCAAAGAAUGGGCCCCGGGAGCAGAAGGAGUUUUUCUUACUGGAGAUUUUAAUGGUUGGAAUCCAUUUUCAUACCCAUAUAAAAAACUGGACUAUGGAAAAUGGGAGCUGUAUAUCCCACCAAAGCAGGAUAAAUCUGUACUCGUGCCUCAUGGAUCCAAAUUAAAGGUAGUUAUUACUAGUAAAAGCGGAGAGAUCUUGUAUCGUAUUUCACCGUGGGCGAAGUAUGUGGUUCGUGAAGGUGAUAAUGUGAAUUAUGAUUGGAUACACUGGGAUCCAGAACACUCAUAUGAAUUUAAGCAUUCCAGACCAAAGAAGUCACGGAGUCUAAGAAUUUAUGAAUCUCAUGUGGGAAUUUCUUCCCAUGAAGGAAAAGUAGCUUCUUAUAAACAUUUUACAUGCAAUGUACUACCAAGAAUCAAAGACCUUGGAUACAACUGCAUUCAGUUGAUGGCAAUCAUGGAGCAUGCUUACUAUGCCAGCUUUGGUUACCAAGUCACAAGCUUCUUUGCAGCUUCCAGCCGUUAUGGAACACCUGAAGAGCUAAAAGAACUGGUAGACACAGCUCAUUCCAUGGGUAUCAUAGUCCUCUUAGAUGUGGUACACAGCCAUGCUUCAAAAAAUUCAGCAGAUGGAUUGAAUAUGUUUGAUGGGACAGAUUCCUGUUAUUUUCAUUCCGGACCUAGAGGGACUCAUGAUCUUUGGGAUAGCAGAUUGUUUGCCUACUCCAGCUGGGAAGUUUUAAGAUUCCUUCUGUCAAACAUAAGAUGGUGGCUGGAAGAAUAUCGCUUUGAUGGAUUUCGUUUUGAUGGUGUUACAUCCAUGCUUUAUCAUCACCAUGGAGUGGGCCAAGGUUUCUCGGGUGAUUACAGUGAAUAUUUUGGACUACAAGUAGAUGAAGAUGCCUUGACCUACCUCAUGUUGGCAAAUCAUUUGGUUCACACGCUGUGUCCCGAUUCUGUAACAAUAGCUGAGGAUGUAUCAGGAAUGCCAGCUCUGUGCUCUCCAAUUUCCCAGGGAGGGGGUGGUUUUGACUAUCGACUAGCCAUGGCAAUUCCAGAUAAGUGGAUUCAGCUACUUAAAGAGUUUAAAGAUGAAGACUGGAACAUGGGCAAUAUAGUAUACACGCUCACAAACAGGCGCUACCUUGAAAAGUGCAUUGCUUAUGCAGAGAGCCAUGAUCAGGCAUUGGUUGGGGAUAAGUCGCUGGCAUUUUGGUUGAUGGAUGCCGAAAUGUAUACAAACAUGAGUGUCCUGGCUCCUUUUACUCCAGUUAUUGAUCGUGGAAUACAGCUUCAUAAAAUGAUUCGACUCAUUACGCAUGGGCUUGGUGGAGAAGGCUAUCUCAAUUUCAUGGGUAAUGAAUUUGGGCAUCCUGAAUGGUUAGACUUCCCAAGAAAAGGAAAUAAUGAGAGUUACCAUUAUGCCAGACGGCAGUUUCAUUUAACUGACGAUGACCUUCUUCGCUACAAGUUCCUAAAUAAUUUUGACAGGGAUAUGAAUAGAUUGGAAGAAAGAUGUGGUUGGCUUUCAGCUCCACAGGCCUAUGUGAGUGAAAAACAUGAAGGCAAUAAGAUCAUUGCUUUUGAAAGAGCAGGUCUUCUUUUCAUUUUCAACUUCCAUCCAAGCAAGAGCUACACUGACUACCGAAUUGGAACAGCAUUACCAGGGAAAUUCAAAAUUGUGCUAGAUUCAGAUGCAGCGGAAUAUGGAGGGCAUCAGAGACUGGACCACAGCACUGACUUUUUUUCUGAGGCUUUUGAACAUAAUGGGCGUCCCUGUUCUCUUUUGGUGUACAUUCCAAGCAGAGUGGCCCUCAUCCUUCAGAAUAUGGAUCUGCUGAAUUGAAGAGGCCUGAUUUCAGCUCCAUCAGAUGCAGAUUUGUGUUUUGUUUUCUUGUUAUCACUGUCCCACAGCUUAUAACAUGUAUGCUUUUCAGAAUACAGUUGUCUAGCCAAACCAUCAGGUGUCUGAAAUUCAACAUUGGUUUAUGCAAAUACAGCAAACUUAUUUAAGUAGAUGGGAGAAUAUGUUUAAAAUAUUAGGAAUCCUAGACCAUAUUUUCAAGUCAUCUUAGCAGCUAGGAUUCUCAAAUGGAAGUGUUAUAUAUAAUAUGUUAAAAACAUUGUGCUUUCCUGGCUAAUUAUUUGAUCCUUUUAAAUUCAAAUUUGAAUCAUUUGUCAUGUAUGAUUAUUUCUGUUAAAUGUACACAGUACUUAAGAUGGAUAUUUGGUGGCUCUGUUUGUUCUGAUAUCUUUUGGUCUAAAUUAUGAGGUACCAAGAUUGUUUCUUUGUUUUGUGUUUAGAAAUAAUGUAAUAAAUAUGCAGUAGUGAUAUAAAAUAAAGAAUUAUAUCCAAGAUAAUAUAAAAGCCAUUACGUAUGAACUCAUCCAUGUCUCAUUUUGUGUAAGUUUUAUUUUGUGAUCUCUUGUCCACUAAGUAUCUUGUUAAAUGCCAGUACCUCAGUCUUUCUGAAGCCCUGAAAUGGUAAUUGUAGCAUUUCAGAAAAUGUCUUUCAUUUCAAUCAAUAAAAAGCUUU